CGUCGUCGUCGUCGCCGCCGCCGGUGGUGGUAGUAGUAGUAGUAGUGAUACCGGUACCGUCGCCGGUGGUGUCCAUAGUAGUAAUAGUAGUAGUAACAACGGUAGUGGGAGGCAGCCUGGAGUGAGAGAGGCACGACCGGGACGAGAGAGACGGAGAGAGAGAAGGAAGACGGGGACCACGAGGACGGCGACGAGGCGUCAUCGUCGUCGUCGUCGCUCGUUCGCCAUCGUCGCCGCGGUGGCGAGAUAAUAACCUGGUUUUCCCGCCGGGGAACGAUCGCCGACUUAAAUCUUAACACGUACAUUGGGAGCGCCGCAUCGUCGGCCGUGUGCGUAAAAGAGGGAAAGAGAGAGACAGAGAGGAGCAGCAGCCGCAACGAAGGUCGCCGCCGGUCGGCGAGCAGCGCUCGCUGUCACUGCGAAUCGCUCAUACACCCUCCUCUCUCCCUUCCUUCACUUUCGUCCACGACCUCCCCUAUAUUCCUGCCCCCUUGUCACCUCCUUUUCCUCCUCCUCCUCCUCCUCCUCAUCCUCCUUCUCCUCUUCCUCCUUCUUCGCUGUCAUCACCUCCUCCGUCAAAGGAGGAUUCCGCUGUUCUGAGCCAUGGCGUGCUGCCUGUCGGAAGAGGCGAAGGAACAGAAACGCAUCAACCAGGAAAUCGAACGGCAAUUGCGGAGAGACAAGCGGGAUGCCAGGCGGGAACUCAAGCUGCUCCUACUCGGAACCGGCGAGUCGGGCAAGUCCACCUUCAUUAAGCAGAUGAGGAUUAUCCAUGGCUCCGGCUACUCGGACGAGGAUAAGAGGGGAUUUAUCAAACUUGUGUACCAAAACAUUUUUAUGGCGAUGCAGUCCAUGAUCCGGGCGAUGGACCUCCUGAAGAUCCAGUAUGGCGAUUCCUCGAAUAUAGAAAAAGCGGAAUUGGUGCGGAGCGUCGACUUUGAAACGGUGACGACGUUCGAGAGCCCGUACGUGGGGGCAAUCAAGGACCUGUGGGCGGACGCGGGUAUACAGGAGUGCUACGAUCGUAGACGGGAAUACCAGCUCACGGACUCCGCCAAGUAUUACCUAAUGGAGAUAGAUCGAGUCGCGGCACCAAACUACCUCCCCACAGAACAGGACAUUCUUCGUGUGAGAGUGCCCACCACCGGUAUAAUUGAAUAUCCCUUUGACUUGGAAGAGAUCCGAUUUAGUUAUCUUAGUGAUCUAGAGCGUAUUGAAAAGCCUGAUUUCCUUCCGACCGAGCAAGACAUCCUCCGGGCACGAGCUCCCACCACCGGAAUUAUAGAAUAUCCAUUUGAUCUGGACUCCAUCGUAUUUAGGAUGGUAGACGUCGGUGGGCAGAGGUCGGAAAGAAGAAAGUGGAUCCAUUGUUUCGAAAACGUCACUUCAAUUAUAUUUUUAGUAGCUCUAAGUGAAUAUGAUCAAAUUCUAUUUGAAUCGGAAAACGAGAAUCGAAUGGAAGAAAGUAAAGCACUGUUCAAAACGAUUAUAACAUAUCCCUGGUUUCAACACUCCUCUGUUAUCCUGUUUCUCAACAAGAAAGAUCUGUUAGAAGAAAAGAUUAUGUACUCUCAUCUUGUCGACUAUUUUCCGGAAUAUGAUGGUCGACAGAGAGACGCUCUCGCAGCUAGAGAAUUCAUUCUAAGGAUGUUCGUUGACUUAAAUCCGGACAGCGAGAAGAUUAUUUAUUCCCACUUUACGUGUGCCACAGAUACGGAGAAUAUCAGAUUCGUGUUCGCGGCGGUAAAGGACACCAUUCUACAGUCCAAUCUGAAGGAGUACAAUCUGGUUUAGACGGCGAAGCGCGCUGCAAAUCCGAGCGGACUCGACCAGUUUCUCUCGCACCCUGACCAAUGUAUCAAUGCGAGACUGCUACUCCGUUGACUCGCGAGCGUGAUCCGUGGAACGACGUGAGGAACGACGAAGAGAGGCGCGAGACAGAAACGAGAUAAACUCGUGGUGCCAUCGUAUACGCACAUAUAUCGACAUGCGUUGCGCCACAUUGAACUUCGUCGCAUCGAAAGUGUUGUACCAGCACAAGUAGCUAAGACGCGUAAUACACACACGUAAUUAUGAAGGACGUAAAAGCGGAGCGAAGUAAGAAGGCGAACAAGGACCUAAAAGCGUCACGAAAGUUACGCGUUCUUUUUCUUAGCGGAGGAAGAGAGAUAUGAGAAAAUCUCUUCACUGUCGAUACCAACUCGCGCGAGUCGAUUCGGUUCUCUCGUACACAGGUUCCCGUUUUGGGAUUUGUUACCUUUCUUUUGUAGAUUAGUUCUUAGUCGAUAUCGCGGGCAAAUACGCCCCAUUCCCGGGUCGAGGAUGCGUCAAUAUCUGAGGGUCCCGGGCAUCGUUGUCUGACUUUUAUAUAUAUAGAUAUAUAUGUAUAUGUAUAUAUAUGUAUAAAAGUGAAGAAACGCUAGCGAACUAUAUGUCUCACGCGCGUGAGCGUGGCGCACGGCGCGGCUGUGCCGCGUGGAUUUUUAACGGCGUGUCCGUCUGUGUUCGUCUCGAGUCCAAGAGAUCUCAACAGAGGAGAAGAAACUGAAGAGGCGAAACGGCGAGGCGAACGAAAAAAUAAAAUAAAAUUUAAAAAACCGGCUUUUUAAUCGCGAAUUAGAUUCGAUGACACAAGUGAGAGAAGCAAUUCUAGUGCCAUUUAUUAGUGUGGUGUUGUUGUUUUUCUUUUCUUCUUUCCUUUCUGUUUUCUUCUUGUUCUUAUUCUUUUUCUUUUUUCUCAAAUUACUAAACGCUAAAUUAUGAGAACAUCCUUCAUUUAGAGUUACGCGAAAGCCAAAGUGUUUUUGUUUCUUCCUUUUUAUCCAUGCCAGAAAUGACUCAAAGUUCUUUCUGCAUGUGAUUCGAAUCCAUUAAAAAUUCAUCAUAUAAAUAUUGUUAUAUAUAAUAUAUAAAAAGAAUGAUAUAGAUUAGAGAGCGUGAGAGAGGGAGAGAGAGAGAAAGAGAGAGAAAGCGAAAAAGAGAAAGAGUGAAAGAUAUCAGCAACCGUGGCGAAGAGGGAGAGAGGAGGAAGAAAGUAAAAAUGAAUGCGAGAGAGAGAGGGAGAGAGUGUGGGUGUGUGAUUUGAGGGAAACUUUGCGGAAGCGAAAGAUACUGUGGGGAAUUGCGUCUGUUCGAUGUGACUUAGGUAAUUAAGGCGCGCGGGAGGAGCCCGCAGAUGUCUCUCUCUGCCGUCUCCUCUCUCUGCCGGCUGUGCGUGCGGGUUGUGCGAGGAAAAACUCCAGAAUAAAAAGUUCUAAUUCGCAAGAACAAAUUCCUCGAGAACGAGAAAUUCUAUCUUGUAUAGAUAAAUUUCUAAAAACAAUACAUAGUCCCGAUAAUAUUUACAGGAACGAGUAAUCUCGUCUCGAUUUGUGAAGACAAUUUCUUUAAAAACGGGGAAUUUCUUAUAAAUCGAGUCAUAUUGUUUUUUCGAGGAUGAAUUUCUUAAGCAUGAUGAAAAAAGGAGGAGUUUAUCGCGAUUCUCCCUUCGUCGGGUCCUCGCCCUUCCGACGCAACGGCACAGCCACCGCGCGCAGCCAAGAUCAUGGGUCCCCUCUCCUCUGGAAGAGAGGGGCUUCAUGCCUCUCGCUCGCCCCGUAUCCACAUUAUACUGUGUACGUACGUAUGAACUCACUGCCUGCGCUCGGUCAUAUGUUGGCUAGCGCGCUGCCCGUUGCUCGUACUCUCCGAUGGUUCGGUAUCUUCUCGAAGCCGCGAUUUUCGCCAUUUUUCUUCCUUCCCCAAUGACACGGGGAAAAGUAAAUGAACGAGGAACAAGAGAGGAGAUGGUUGAUAAAACAAAUUAACGUUAAAUUUGAGAAAUUUAAGAAGAAGCUUUGCAAAUUAAUGAAAUAAAGUAAUAAGAAAUUCGAUAGAGAAAAAUUCAAAAGGAAGAGGCAAGAGGUGAGAUCGAGAUAAGCUUUAAUUUUUUUUUCUAUUAGAAGAUAUGAAAAGAACGGAAUAGUUAAUAACACAGGAAAGAAAUAAAAUUUCACGAAUACGCAUGUUGGUGGAAGAGAACGAAAAAUUCUCCUCUUUUCGCUUCGCUCGAUUUUAAAAGCAAGAUCUUUCUAGCAUUAUCACGAAAAGAGAUUUACGAUGACGCGUAGAAACCACAAGGAGAAAUGACAAGCCGGACCUUGCCAGUUUUUUCGAAGGUGAAAACGCGAGAGGUGAUUGAACUCUGCUCACGGUAACGCGACAUGUAACGAGAUAAUUUCCCCGAGUCAAAAGCACUAGGCGUAAUCGCGAUGAAUAGCAAGAGCCGCGCGCGAACCCGGAGAGUACGUCGCGCUGUUAGAGAUGAUCCUCUCUACGUGACAUCGGCCGCGUCUGGGCGGUUUCCCGUUCGGACACAAUGCGUGCAGCGGCCCGAACGUCACUAGACUCCGCCGGUGUCGCGCACGCACAUACAUCGGGCAGUAUGUGUCAUAUACCUUAGUUGUGUCACACCCACCUUGGUUGGAACACUGAGUUUAUAUGAAAAAAAAAGUAUAUAUAUAAAUACAUUGGAUAAUAUAUUAUAUAUUAAGCGGAU